AUGGCCCCAUCAAACAAGACUGCGGCCUCGGCGGCCGGAAAGGAACGACGCAAAUCAGACAAGAUCUCGGAGCAGACAAGGCCUGGAUUGGUUACAUUAAUCGUCCCUGCAGAAAGGCUCCGUGCCAUCCUCGAGCCUACACCAUCGGCACCCCCGUCAGUUAAGGAAGAGACACCAGCCAAAGACUCCCCGGCCCCUUCCACCACGGAUGCUGCGGCGCCAACAGAAAACGCGCCUGGCUCUGCACCAGAUACCCCCAAUGCCAACGGCUCCUCUACACCAGUGCCACCUUCAGUCAUGGGCCCACCAACCGAAGCUCCCAAGAAGAAGGGCAAGAGGGCUAAUGGCAAUGGUGUCGACGUCCCUGUCAAGAUUAGGGGCAAGCCGGGACCCAAGAAGAAGGCCAGGCUUGAUGACGGUUCUCUCGAACCCGGUCGAGCCGGUGGACUAGGACACAAACUUGGACCCAAAGCAAACCAGGGUGCCAUCAACGCAGGACUGCGCGCUCUUGAUCGCUCCGGCAAACCGUGUCGGAAGUGGAGUAAAGGCGGUUUUCAACUCAAGAGUUUUACUGGCGUCACAUGGGCUCUGCCUCGUUGGACUGCACCCCCCAGAACCAAACCUGAAGAGGCUACCUCCAACCCUGAACCACAAACCGACUCCGCCCCAGCCUCUACCGGCGGCAAUGGCAGCAACAAGGAGAACGGUGCCGAACCCACGCCUGACUCUGCAACUAAUGGCACCCCCGCCCUGAAGGAAGAGAACGGAGCAUCAAACAGUGACAAGGCUAACAGUAACAACGGAGGUGAUGUCGAGAUGCAAAACGCACCUAGUCUUGAGGAUAACUCCCCAGCUCCGCAACCCAUCGCCGCCAAUUAA